AUGGCUGGAAAAAAUUCUGACCCUGGAGAGCUAAGGGAGCAAGUUCUUAUCGAUGCAAAACACAAUGGUAACAAGGAGGCAGAAAUGCACGUCUACGCCGAUCUCGCUGGGGCGUAUCUAGAGCUUGGUGAUUUUAAACGAGCAAUGGACAACCUUCUACACAGUCUAAUCAUUGCCAAGCAAGAACACGCCAGAGUUUACGAAGGUGAUGUGUACCACAUGCUUGGCCUUGCUUAUCUUCGCCCUGGUGAGUAUAAACGAGUUAUAACGUUCUUCUACCAAUCUCUUUUCAUCGCUAAAGAAAUGGGUGAGAGGGCUACAGAAGGAGACGUGUACGGAAAGCUUGGCCGUGCUAGCCUUUUCUUGGUGACCAUAAACAGGCCAUAACAUACUUAAACAAAUAUCUGAUCAUUGCCAGAGAAACAGAUGAAAGGGCUGCAAAAAGAGACGUGUACGAAAAGCUUGGCAAUACUUAUCUUUGCUUCGAUGAUUAUAAACAAGCCAAAGGGCUGCAGAAGGAAACGUGUAUCACAGGCUUGGCGUCGCUUAUCGUUGUCUCGAUGAUUAUAAAGAGGCUACAGUACACUUAAAACAAUCCCUAACCACUGCCAAAGAAACAGCCAAUAGGGCUAAAGAAGCAGAAGUGUUCAACAAUCUCGGCCAUGCCUAUCAUGAUAUCGGUGAAUAUACACAAGCCAUAGUAUAUUUCAAGCAAUCUUUAAUCUUCAAAAAAGAAACAGGUGAGAGGGCUGGAGAACAAAUUGAGUCCUUCAAUCUCAGCCACACCUAUAGGGACAUCGGUGGUUAUUCACAAGCCAUAACAUACUUAAGAAUUCUCUACUCAUUGCAAGAAAAGUUAAUGACAGGGUUCAUGAAGGAUUCACAAAGUAGAUCGUUGGCCAGUGUUAUGGGGGACUCAAAAUAUUAA